CACAAUUAUUUUCAUUGCGAAUCUCGCAACGUGUUUUUUUGUGCAAAAAUAAAAUAUAAAAUUAAACGCAAAACGUCGGUAAUAACGAUAAGUAAUAAGUAUGUUAUUAUUAAGCAAGUGAAGUAACGAUUUAAAGACUAAUAAGAACGAUAACAUUUUGAUAUUUUGAAAAGCCCCGUUGUGAGAUCGGAGUUACUACAAGUGUUCUUUUCUCAUCGUUGAGACGUUGACAGUCAAGAACCGUCCCGUAAGAACUGGUUUCCCCAGGAAAAUGGCUUUGAAUCUUUCCAUGCAGCACUUAACGCGACUGCUGCCAGUCAAACGGGACCUGAUCUUGGCUUCCCGCAUGGCUGCUCAGGCUGCGGUGGCCCAUGAGCGCGAUGCCAAAUCAGUAUCCCCCGGCGGAAAGGAGAAACCCAAGAAAGAGCCCAGAAUGAAGAAAUUUUCCGUUUAUCGAUGGGAUCCCGAUCAGCCUGGCUCCAAGCCCCGUAUGCAGACGUACGAUGUGGAUUUGUCUGCGUGCGGCCCCAUGGUUCUGGAUGCGUUGAUUAAAAUCAAAAAUGAGAUGGAUCCGACUCUUACUUUUCGCCGUUCCUGCCGCGAGGGUAUCUGUGGUUCAUGCGCAAUGAAUAUUGGGGGAGGGAAUACUUUAGCGUGUAUUGCGCGCAUCGAUCCGGAUGUUGGAAAAACGACUAAGGUUUACCCACUUCCCCAUAUGUAUGUCGUCAAGGAUUUGGUUCCCGAUUUAUCAAAUCUGUAUGUCCAGUACGCUUCCAUUCAGCCGUAUCUGAAACGAAAAGACGAGACGAAGUUGGGUAAGGAGCAGCUGCUCCAGAACGAAGCCGAUCGCGCCAAACUGGAUGGGCUUUACGAAUGCAUUCUGUGUUUUUGCUGCUCCACAUCUUGUCCGAGCUACUGGUGGCAUUCGGACAAGUAUUUGGGUCCGGCCGUCCUGCUGCAGGCCUACCGCUGGAUCAUUGAUUCCCGCGAUGAAGCUACCGAGGAGCGGCUGAAUGCGCUGCGAGAUCCGUUUUCCGUGUACAAAUGUCACACCAUUCUGAGCUGCACUCGCACCUGCCCAAAACAUCUGAACCCUGGUCGCGCCAUCGGAGAGAUUAAGAAGAUGCUGGCGGGAAUCGGUAAUAAGGAUACCACGCCGGACCACCAGUUAAGAAAGGCGGCUGAAUAAAAAUUGUUACUGGAGUGUACAACAGCGAUGACAUUGUAGAUUUCACGCGCGUGUUUUAAAUGGUACGAGUACACCUUUCAGAUGAUGAAGCAUUAUAGCUAAAUGCAGAGUUAUUUAUUUCUAAGCUUUUCUUUUUAUCACAGGUGCAGAUUUGUGUGUUUAGUUUGCUUUGCGUAUAGUUAAAUUGAUCACUUUUAAAACGUAACUUGUCGUAGUAGUUCUGAUGGUAACAAAAGUUGAAUUGCUGAUUGAUUGUCUCAUAUUAAGUUAAGAGGUCAUAACAAAUCUUUCCCUUUUCGAUAAAAUGUCAUUAUGAUGUUCAGAGUGAUUUCACUGUUCGAAUGUGUGAAUUUUAAUGUAAACGAAACUGAGCGGCAGUUAUAUUUUUAUUAAAUAAAUUACUGCUGACAUUCGUAA